AUGCCAAUGCCAGGUCUAUCAGAGGAACACGAUACUUUGCUUCUCGGUUCAUCCUGGCUCGGUAAGAAGGAUCAACAUGGCAAAACUCAUCUGUUCAAAUAUUGCACCACACCUGAUAAGCAAUCUUUCAUUCUCCUAACUACAAAUCUCGAGACUAUCUAUUUCCAUUCCCCAGCUCCCGAAGACAUACCAGCUGUUCCAUGGGAGGUAGACCAUCCGUUCCUUCUGAGCACUCAGGAUCUGAUAAGAGAGCAAUUCUCCGAUGAACCGAUAGAACAGGUCGAAGGCCUAGUCGAGAGGAUCAAGUUGAUGGUGGAAGAAAGAUGGGAUGAGGUGCAGUUGUUGAUAGAGGUGGAAGACGGAGUCAAAGUAGCUUACAUGAGGAUGGAGGAUUUCGCCUGGCGAUUUGUCUUGAAUGAACUCACCUCAUCUCAAUCGAUCCCUUUCCUCACUCGACAUCUCCUUCAACCUCUAACCGGAAUAAUCGCAACCGAUCGGUCAAUACCUUUACCUACAUCUCUUGCUCCAUCCGAAUCAAGCUCGAGACUAAUAUCAGAUCCGGAAAUCAUGCGCGCAAUACGGCGAAAUACUACGAAACCUAAAGUCCAGCCUCAGACCAAAACACGCUCUUCGUCUCAAAUACCUUCUUCAGAUACAAAUACCGACAAUGAGAUAGUGACGGAAGGUUCACCCACACCUCGUAAACCAUCUCGACGUACGAAAGCGACUGAAGAGCCCACUCCUAUCCCAUCUUCUUCUUCUUCUAUGCCACCUUCCUCACCACCCAAAAUACCACAUAACGAAUCCUCAUCUAGACAACCUACUUCUUCCAUCCCACCUUCUUCUUCCCCCCCUCCUGGCUUACCUUCUUCUGAGCGAUCAGAAACGACAAAUACAAAGUCAAAGUCAAAGAUGAUCGAUCAGUCUUCAUCGCCUUCAGCAGGUUCAGCAAUGGAUUUCAGACCUCCCACUCAGACACAAACGCAGACGCAGAAGACGAAAAGGGAGAGGGAGAAGGAGGAAGAAGAGAUAUUCGAAAAGAGGAAAAAAGAUUUACAGAAGAAGAUGGAUAAGGGUGGAAUAGGUAAAUUGGGGAAGAGGAGAUUGGCUAGGUGA